GGUGAGAGCGAUAUGUCGAAGGCGCUGCGUGUGCACACCGCACAUUGUCCAGAAGCCGGCCCGACAUUUACGCAAGAUCGCAGUGCGGAUGUGGGGAUGGGUGAGGGAUUCCGCGAUGGUUGGGGGAGCUUCUCACUGGAUAGACGUGACAUGUUCUUCCCACCGAGGACGGAGCGCAACCCAGUCUCCUGAUGUACCACGUCCUGGGUCUCGCACAGUCAUCGUGGUCCAUGAGGGCCCGUGGCCACAGGGCAGGAAAUACGGUGGCCGCGGAUGGCCUGGCAGAUCGGGAGGUCGAUAUCUGUUGUAGAAUGGAGGACCCGGUACCGCACGAUGCAAUCCGUCGAACACCUAGAUUAUCAACGCCCGAGUGGACCUGCAUCACGGUGGUGCCAAAGGCCACCUUUGGUGGCAACGAGGUAGAACAAGGCAGGUCGUAUGCCCUCCAACCAACACACCUCUGUUUUUCCACUGGCCUUCCACUCCGGCCGUGAACGCCGUUUCCGACCGCAGCGCAAGUGGCGGAAGCGCCGGCCGUCCUCACCCGCGGACCACGGACGCAUCUGGGUUCGGGCCCACAUCAUGCCACAACGAAUGCAGUGUCCGAUAUUCGUUCAUGUUGACCCGCCGCACAGAUUGUGGAUUGUGGCCCCUCUAACGGCGCGAGAGUCAAUGUCCACCUGCGACGUGCUGUGGGCGCCUCUGCCAGUUGGACUGCUAAGCGCGCAAUCGUCGCACUCUCGAUGUGGGGGACCGGCCCGACCGUAGGGAGAGAGGGAAGGGGAAGGUCGGAUUUGGGGUAGGGCGACAUAAGGCCAAAGGGAGUAGUUUGAUUGCACAUGAUGGGUGCUAGUGGCUCCGUGUGUUCCAGUCGAAACGGCGCCUCAGAGCCAAGGCUCUUCAUGGUGGGCACGAGGACAUCGAGAGAGGGCGCGCGUCCGGCGUCGGUGAGCUGCGCUCCGCGACAUGCAUUCCCCAUCGCGUAAGCAACGUAAGUUGCGACGCCAGGAAGCCAGCAUGCGCUUAGAACAGGCUCCACACCUUGGACGUUCCCCGGAAGUCUAAGUCGAACCCUCCAGUGCGCCGGGGCGUUCCGCGGAUGCGCUCGAGAACGCCGCACCACCCGCAGUCGACGACGCCCGCCGCCGACGUACACGGCUGUCAGCA